AGAGCUGCAUAAAAUGAUUUGUUCAUGAUACGAUGGUCCGUGAGUGAGUAUGCCAGAGCUUAACUGCCUCCAAUCCCUACCACCACCAUUACAUGACAAAAUCCCAACUCCCACAACCAGACAAACCCCUGGCCGGCUACUCCACAUGCCUCCAAAAUCCAACAGAAGCAUCCCCCACUCAUCCCACCUCCUCUCCUUUGUAUCACACCUCAAUCUCUCUCUCUCUCUCUCUCAUACAUAAUCAAGAAAAUCAGAAGAAAAAAAAAAGGGAGAUAGGAAGAGGGGAUUAGUCUGAUUAGACCCUUUUGUAGCAUGAAAAAGGUUGUUCAAUCACUGCUUUCUGCAUGGCAACUGAAAAGCCUGAAAAUUGCUGAGAAGGGUCUCUUUUGCCCAAUUUUGACUCCAAUCAAGUUUUUUUUGGGGAUGAGAGUUUCCUCGUGAUCAGUCCCUUUUUUCCCUUAGGAAGAACAACAAAAUCCUCACAGAAAAAGCUGAACUGUCAAUUUCCUUCGAUUCAUUUGCAGAAUUCCCCCAAACCGUACUGGCAAAAUUUUACCUCUAUUGGAUCGUUUCCCAAUGCCAAAGUUACCCACUACUAGUCUGGUCUCUUUCUCUCUUUCUGCUCCUCCUGAUUUCUGAAUUCCGUUUUUCCUUUCUUUCUUUCUGGCCCUUUAAUUUCUAUAACAUUUUUGUGUACUAGCUCUCUCUCUCCCUCUCUCAAUGAUGCAAUUCACUGAGGCUCCACCACAACCCUUCACGCACCAAAUGACUCCAUUUUCCAAUCCCACCAUGAACAAAAGCCAAAUUCAUAGGACUCGGCCGUGGCCCGGCUUUCCCACAUCAAAAUCCUUAGGAAGCUUCGGUGAUGCCAAUUGCAUGGAGCAACUACUCGUCCACUGCGCCAACGCAAUCGAAAGCAACGACGCCACUCUAGCCCAACAAAUCCUAUGGGUCUUGAACAAUAUUGCACCCCCCGACGGCGACUCAAAUCAGCGCCUCGCCUGCGGGUUCCUCCGCGCUCUUAUUGCACGCGCCGCCAAAAGCGGAAGCUGUAAACUGCAGCUUGCCGCCCUGGCAAACGCCAACACCAAUCUUGCUAUCGACACGCACAGAUUCUCAGUCAUUGAGCUCGCUAGCUUUGUCGACUUAACCCCUUGGCGUCGGUUCGGAUUCACAGCCGCCAACGCAGCAAUUUUAGAAGCCGUUGAAGGGUAUUCCGUCAUUCACAUCGUCGAUUUAAGCUUGACACACUGCAUGCAGAUUCCUACGCUUAUCGAUGCUAUAGCUAACCGCCACGAGGUCCCUCCUCUUGUCAAGCUCACCGUGGCUACUGCCAUAGACGACUUCCCGCCAACGCUUGAUCUUUCUUACGAGGAAUUGGGUUCGAAACUGGUUAAUUUCGCGAGGUCUAAGAACGUCAUGAUGGAGUUUAGAGUGAGCCCUUCAAGUUACAAGGAUGGGUUCGCCACGUUGAUCGAAGAAAUUCGUAUGCAACAUUUAGUAUACGCAGAAAGCGGCGAGGCGCUCGUUGUUAACUGCCACAUGAUGCUUCAUUACAUUCCGGAAGAAUCUUUUGAAAGCUGUUAUGCUUUUGAUCAAAGUUCCUCUCUCCGAACAAUGUUUCUGAAAGGGCUCCGGAGUUUAGACCCCACCGUCGUCAUUUUAGUAGACGAAGAUGCAGAUUUGACAUCGAAUAAUAUGGUGUGUAGGUUAAGGUCGGCGUUCAACUAUCUAUGGAUACCGUACGAUACUAUGGACACGUUUCUUCCGCAUGGGAGUAAGCAGAGGCAAUGGUACGAAGCAGAUAUUUGCUGGAAGAUUGAGAAUGUCAUAGCUCACGAGGGCCUUCAGAGGGUUGAGCGGCUUGAGCCGAGGAGCCGGUGGGUGCAACGAAUGAGAAACGCCAAUUUUCGUGGCGUCUCUUUUGGCGAGGAUGCGGUGUCGGAGGUGAAGACCAUGCUAGAUGAGCAUGCAGCUGGGUGGGGUUUGAAGAAGGAAGAGGAAGAUCUUGUUCUCACAUGGAAAGGACACAAUGUUGUGUUUGCCACUGCUUGGCUGCCUGCUUGAAUGCUUGAUCGAUGAAGAUUUUCUUUCUGCUUAAUUUUAAAAUUUAGUCUCUAAUUCUUCUUCUAUUUUAGACAGUAGAUGCAUGAGAGUUUAUUGUGAUGAAGGUUUUUGUAUUCAUGUUGCCAAUAAUUUGAUACAAUUUCUUCUGGCUCUUAAUUAUAAC